UCAAUUGGCUCGAAAGUACCCACCUAGGACUCCCCCUAAAUACAAGCUAUUGAGGAAUACAAAGGAUUCUUCAAAGCACAGAGGCAAGAAAAGGAAAUUUGCCGAGCAGCAAAGGCACCCUCUUCUUAUGACACACUCCGUUGGCUCAUGCUAUACUCCGUAAAUGAGGGACCUUUUACAACACUUUGAGGAGCUGCCAGGCAAAGGCGUGUCGAUAGGAGUUCAAAUUGCCGUAUCCAGCUUCCUUUUUAGAUGCCCUUCAAAAUGCAUGUUGGGGGGGGGGGGCAAAUUAUUAGUUGUUAUCGUCACGCAACAAAGUCUUCUGCGAGGAUGACACCCCGUCACUAGGCAAAGGCAAUGCUUACUGGGGCGUCAUGCUAACAUGAACGCCAUAUGGGCCUGCGACUCCAGCUCUCGUCGUGAAUGCUGCACAGAAGUGUGCAGAAGAGUAGUAAGCAUGUAAGGGCGUGCCCCUUGUGGUUCUCUAG